UCUAGCUCCAAACAGACGCUAGAUUCAGUUCUGAAACUUUAAGGAAUCACGCAACCUUGAACGAGUCACUUGUUUUGUGCUUGUGAAAGGGCCAAUCCAAGCUCUCAGCUCUCAAACACAAAGAUAAGGAAGGAGAACACAACACCCACUUCCAUUUAUUAUCCUUCACCUGGGGCGUUAAUUCCAAAGCUUCUUCUUAAUUCUCUUUUCUUCUUUAAAUGAAAUCCCAGUAAUGGAUUUUGAGUCUUCAUAGCAUCAAAAUGCCUUCUUUCUGGGAUUUUUGGAGACGGCAUAGGAGGAAGGUUUUUGUUACUGUUGGUGUCUUAGGAAGUGGGUAUUUUUUGUAUAAGCUAUAUGUUGGUCACAGGCGUAGGCUUGAUGCACUUGAGAGAGAAUUUGCAAUUCAGAGAGAAAAUGAAGAGCUCAUUAAGGCUCAGAUGCAAGCUCACUUUGAGAAUAUUCAGAGAAUUUCUGAAACAAUCACAUUGCCUCAUGCCAUGCACAGUUUAAGUUCUCGGAUAUCAGAAGAGUUGGAUCUUUCUCAGCUUCUUGAGAAGUUAAUACAAGGAAAGGGUCAGCCAAACACUUUAACUCGAUCAGAGAAACUAGUUUUAUGGGAUAGACUCAAGAUUCUAAGUUUUACAAGAAUGGUGUUGUCAUUAUGGGCAACAACAAUGCUUAGCUUAUAUAUAAAAGUUCAAGUAAAUAUACUAGGAAGGCAUCUAUAUAUUGAUACUGCACGAAGCCUUGGAAGCUAUAAUUCAAUGGAAAGUGGAGACGUGAUCGAUAGGGAAGACCAGCAGAAGUUUCUAGGAAGUGUAGAUUUUCUCUCUCAAUGUGGUAUGGCUACCUUGAUUUCUGAUAUGGAGACAGCAACAAAAGAAGUUCUCCAAGGAAAGCAGUUGAGAAGUGUCUUCAACAGUACAACACUUCAAGAAACCAUCAUGCAGAUACUUGAUACAUUCAUUAGCAUGGGGAGUACCUAUUCCUGGGUAAAGUAUUUGAUGCCUGAGGAUGUUAAAGCACAUUCGAAAACCUCCCUCGGUGAUGAUCGAGUUCCUGCUGAUGUGACUUUAUUUGAUCAACUUAUGGUGGAGGCACGAGCAGUGUUAUCAAGUGCUGAAUUUGGGAGCAUUGUAGAUAUAUCUCUGAAAGCAGUGGUAGAUACAGUGGUGGAGCACAUGGAAGCUAAAUUAAGAGGAGGAAAUGUAACUUUAGGGCUUCCACUGGCUAAAGUGUUACCACAAGUUGCACAGAUGCGUCCUUUGCUCCUUGAAGAACCUAGCAAAAAUCAUUUCAUCCAAGUCAUUAAAAAUAUACCAGAGGUUGAACCUUUUUUCACUCUCCUCUAUGCAAAUACACCAACUGCAUUGACUAAUGAUUAAGAUAUAUAUGUUUCAAACCAAAGAAGAAAAAAAAAAAAAAGAUUAAAUUUGUUGUACGGAAGGCAUGAGGCAUCAUUGUACAAAAAUAUAAACGAGGUUCAAAAGAUUUCCCCCGAAAAAUAAAUUUGAUAAAUUCUUAGUCUUCUAAUUUUUUUGUAUGUCUUUUCUCUUUUGGUUUAAUGAGUGUUCUAUAACACUCCCACUUUGCCUCUUUGGUUAUAUCUUAGUGUUGGGAGGAACCAUCCUUUAGGAUUAGGACUUUAGUUGGGGUUGUUGUCAGCGUUUGUAUACACAGG